GCAGCACUCAAACGUGCUCGGAUGCCUUGAAUGUUGGCAAGUCCGACGAAGCCGUCAAGUUGCUGAGCCAGCUGGCAACGGACCACGACGAGGGAGAGAGUGACGAGGAAAGCUGGGCAGAUGCAGAUGUGGUCGGUGAGCUACCUGCGCUUCUUGGCAAGCCGGGCGGUGGCGUGGCGAAGCCCACGAAGCAGAAGCCCGACACUAGCAGGCCGCGGCAUAUCGUGCUGGUUCUCGAUGCUUCCGGCAGCAUGCGCCAGCAGGACGUGGAGACCGACGCCGAGACGAGGCGUGAGCUUGGCAGCCAGUGUGCCAGCCUCACGAGGCUUGAGGCAGCAGAGCUCUGCGCUGCGAAGUUUGCACGGGAGCAUGCGAAAGCUCGGCCGCAAGACUUCUUCUCGGCCGUGGCUUUUCACGAGACGGCCACCGCGGUUUCAAAGAAACUGCUCGCGGGCGACUUUGCAGAGACCUUCGCACUGGGCGACCGUGCAGCCAAUGGCACGUUCUACCUCCAGGGCCUUCAGGAGGCUGCCGAUGUGCUAGCCGAGUAUGCGGACUUGCCAGGGGAGCUUGUGAUGCUCUCUGAUGGGCGGCCGGCGGACACCAAAGCAGCACUGAACUUCUUCCAGGACACCUUCUUGCGAGGCCGGCAUGCCGGAGUGCACGUGCACGGAAUUGGCUUUGGUACGACGGUGGAGAGCUUUGCACCGCUUCAGCAGCUGGCGUGUUUGAGCGGCGGAACCUUCGCACUCUCUGGUAGCACGGUGCGUGGCUUGUGCCAGGCCUUCUCAUCUGUGUCCUCCACGAUUACCUCGUCACAGAGCAGCAAUUGGAUCGUUGCAGAUGAAUCCGAAGCGAAGCCUCAGAAGCAGAAGCCACAGCUUCGGGUCGUCGACUUCGAAUUGCCCGAGCAAGGGAUCUUCGGCAAGAAGCAUGUGAUCCGGUACCGAGCUGCACGAACCCACUUCAGUUUCGAUGGGACGGCGUUUCAGCAGAAGAAGUUCGCAGCGGGGCCGGUCGUGCGGCGUCAGCUUCCUUACAUGCGGGGUGGCAUGCGAUUGGUGUAUAGCUUUCAAGACGACUGCGUGUCCAAGGAUGGCACCUGGAUGGUUGCGAAAUCCUCCCGAUACCUCGAUGCAGCUCUGAACUCGCGGGUCGCGGUCGAGGCUCAU